AUGCUCGACCCCCAUUUAGUGCCGCGGCAGCUGCAUGCGCGCGCAGCGCACGGGUCCAAGCUGAUGUUCCCGCCUUUGCACCAUGCAGACGAUCCACGAUUUCAUAACCCGAUCUUGCAGCAUCCCUUGCUGGCUUCGCAGGGAGGACCUCAAGCGACGUUGGACGACGAAGUGAUUCAAGUCCCAGAGCACCUUCUUCCACGCUGGGAAGAGUUGGAGCAUGACACAUUGCCGAUGGAGCAGCAUCCAUCGUACCCACUAGGCAAUCCCUACUGGAUUCAUCAUACACCGCAUACCCUACAACCGGCCGGCUCUUCGCAGCCCAAGCUGGAUCCACGUAUAUACUCGCGCUAUGCUAUGCGUAUGCAUACGACCGAACAAAAGCAUACCCUUACAGCGGUAGCGCAUGGGUCGGCGCAGGCCAAGGCCGCGUUGGAAGCACAGGCGGACGAGGCAGAGCUCACGUUGCCCUAUACGGUAGAGAGCGACGGACAUGUGGCCCUAGCCCCUCAUUUGCAAUGGCGUGCGCAGGCCCUUACGACGACGGCCCCGCCGACAUGGCCCUUUCGGCGAUUUGGACCAGGGCCCAGUGCCAGGCCCUAUGCGGCCCUCUUCCGCGACGCGGCCUCAGCGCCGGACGGGCAGCCUGAAGUCAGUGUGUGGGCCGAUGUAGCGCUGGAAGAACUUGUGCCAGCCUCGCGACCAGAUUCGUACACGUUACCGGCCUCGCUUUGGCACCCCUAUACCCAUACCGCCGCCAAGGGCCGCCGACGUGAACGUCCCUCAGGUCUUCCUGAGUCCCUGGGAGCUGUGACACGCCUCCAUGACGACGCAUGGCUCGAUGAAAUGGCACUCGAGGCGGACGAUGUGGAUACAGACGAUAGCUUUGAUCGCGAGUUGGCGUCAUGGGCCGCCACAGAAUCGUCGUCACCGUCGUCGUCGCCCAGCACACAAGGACCACCACGAAAUUCGCGGCGUGUAUCCUCCGCCUGGAUGCGGGACCACCAUGAUUUCAAACGUGCGAUUCUCUCUGUGCUCGCUGAUCGUGUCGCAUCGACGCGGCAGAAACGCGCACGUGGCCUCACCUCGACGCCGGAGCACGCUAUGAGCCGCAAAAAGCGACGGUCUCUACCACAUACAUCGUUUGAUUCGUCCUCCUUGCUACAUGAUACCGCGUCGCCUUCCACGUCCUGGGUGUGGGGCCGCAGCGCCCCCGCCCCGUAA